AUGGCCUGGCGGGGGCUGGCGCUGGCUGCUUGCCUCCUCGUGCUGCCUUCUGCCACAGCGGACUGCCUGGCCCCGUGCUCCCUGUGUGCUGUGAAGACCCAGGAUGGGCCCAACCCCAUCGACCCCCUGAUUUGCUCCUUGGAAUGCCAGGCCACCCUGCUGCCCUCUGAGGAGUGGGAGAGAUGCCAGGGAUUUCUGUCUUUGUUCGCUCCCUCCAUCCUUGGGCUCCAUGGCGAGGAAGACCUGGGGAGCAAGGUGGCUUUGGAAGGGCCCUAUGGUGAGCUGGCCAAGCUCUCUGGGCCCUUCCUGAAGGAGCUUGAGAAAAGCAAGUUCCUCCCCAGUACCCCGACGAAGGAGAAUGCUCUGAGCAAGAGCCUGGAGGAGAAGCUCAGGGGCCUCUCUGGUGGCUUUGGGGAGGGAGCAGGAUCUGAGCUGGUGGGGGAUGCCCAGCUGAGUGAUGGUGCCAUGGAGGCUGGCGCACUCAGUUUUGAUGAGGAGGACCCCAAGGAGCAGGUCAAACGUUAUGGGGGCUUUCUGCGCAAAUACCCCAAGAGGAGCUCAGAGGUGGCUGGGGAGGGGGAUGGGGAUGGGGAUAGGGUGGGCCACGAGGACCUGUACAAACGCUAUGGGGGCUUCUUGCGGCGCAUCCGUCCCAAGCUCAAGUGGGACAACCAGAAGCGCUAUGGCGGUUUUCUCCGGCGCCAGUUCAAGGUGGUGACCCGGUCUCAGGAAGACCCCAAUGCUUAUUCUGAAGAGCUUUUUGAUGCAUAAAUACCUCCCCAUCAUGGAGUUGA